AUGCUGACUUUAGUUGAGAAAUGUGGAACAAAAUUCAGUUACAAGUAUCACGAGGAACUGGUAGGCUUGGAAACAGAUAGCAUUGAUGGUAUUCCGGGAACUGAUGAGGAGGAUUUCGUCACGCACACGGCAAAACUCGAUUACGGAUUCGCGAUUACCGCUUUUUUCCUGCGAAGAAUUGUGGAGCUUUGUAGCCCGAUUUUCCACGUUUACAUCAGCAAGAGACUUGUCAAGACAACGAACCAAAGAAAGGCGACUUUUGAUGAAAAUAACAAGAGCAGGAAGAAAGGCAUUUCAAAGCAGCCUUCGACGGAUACAGUUUGCACAAAUUAUUGA